GAUUUUUUUAACGCCCUGAAUGAUGCAACAAUGCAUAUGGUCCAGAUCAUUAUGUGGUAAGUGGAGAUUAACCAAACUGACCUGAUAUUGAAUGAAAUGCAGUACAAUUGCAGUAUAUUUGUCGCAAAGCUUAUUAUAAUGAUCUUAUCAUCAUUUAUGCUACAAUUUUCAAUAAUAAAAAAAAAUAAAAAAUAAAGCAGACAACCGAUAAGAAAAGAUCAGGAGCAUACUGGUUCUGAGCACGAGCCACAUAAUGUCUAAAUUAAUUACUAAUUACUAAAAUAUCUUUUGUGGCCACUGUAAAAUAAAUAUAAAUGUAUAUAAUUAUGGCUAAUACACUAAACAUAGGGGGAAGUGUCAUUAAAGCACUACGCUAACAUUAGUGAACCAAGCGCAAUGCUAAGGGUUAUUGAUGUACUAAACGUGACUUUAACCCUAAUACUACGUGUCAUGAACGAUCUAACCCUAACAUAAAGCACCAUUAAUGGCACCUAUCACUGAGCAUCAAGUGCAAACCUAAACCCUAUGCAUCAUGAAUGCACCAAUCUUAAUGUCCAUCUCUUGGGUUCAGUGUACACCCAGAGUCUCUAGAUACCUUUCUUAAGACUGACCACUAAUAAUGUUUGAACAUUUAAUCUCAAUCCAAAUAGUACUCUAAUUGCAAAAAGAUUAAUUGGCCUAUGCAUGUCACAAGCAAAUAUAAAAAAAAAAAUAUGGCGUUACAUUGAAAUACGUGUUUAGAAAAACAGGGUUUAUCUUUCUUAGCAAUAUUGUUCCCAGCUUGUGUCAGCCCACUGUAAAGAGAUAUGGAAUAUGUCUGGACUUUAUUAAUACAUUGAUAGCUAAAAUUAUCUAGUAAAUAUAGUCAACAUGAGAAGAGAUGCAAUUUACAUAAUGGAUUGUGGAUUUUCCAUUUUACUAUUAUUAUGAUGCAGUACAUAUUCUUUACAAAUAGCUUAUACUUUGGACUCAUGUAAACACUAAAUUAAAUUUGAACCAAAGUGAGUUUAGUAUAAUCUUGGAUAUAAUAUCCAGACUAUACUAAAUCAAAUGAGUGGAGUGCUGAAUAUAUACACUUACCCUAAGAUAGGGUUGAGUCUCAGAUAUACUUGGAUACAUGUAAAUGAAACAAAAAAAAAAUACAGCACAAUAUAGAAUAAAUCUGUAAGUGAAGAUAUUGGAUAUUUUCCAAUGAUCAAACUCACAUAAAUUAGAGCCUCAAAUGGACAGGCUCAAAUCACUUCCACAGUAGUGUCGUAUGGAGACACUGCACCCUUUAACUGGAAAGCAUUUCCUCAAAGAAAGAAACAAAAAAAAAAGGGAGACUUCCUAGUGUGAUAAGUUUCAACAUGAAUCGAAAUUGCAGUGGUUAUAGUUGUGCUCACCUUUUUCUGAGCCAAUAGAAACCUGGCUCUGGAUGGUAAACCUGGGUGCCUCUAAAGGGGGCCACCUACCCUUCUUUAGCAGCAAGGUAAGGUAAAAAGCCAAUGGGACUUGGUAUGAAAAAAAUAUAUAAAUUUAUUGUAACUAUUAAAUAUAAAACCAAAAGUAAAAUCUAAGAAAUAAAGUUAAAAUAUCCAGUUACUAAUAAACAGAAAAUAGAAUGUCCCAAUAAUAGGCUUCAAUGCCAUUGGGCUCUGCAGUGCAAAUUGCCAUCUUUUGUCAACAGAAAAAAGUGUUUAAUCCUCUAAAUUGCAUAAUAUAAAAACAUUUACUGUCUUAUCGUAAUGUGGUUGGAACAGUGCAUUGUUCUGCUUUAUUUAUACGUCUGUAGCUCAUUUAUGUUCUGCUUAUGUCUUUUAGGUACAUGCCCCUUGGUAUUUUAUUUUUGAUUGCAGGAAAGAUAAUUGAAGUUAAUGACUGGGAAAUCUUCCGCAAGCUCGGCCUUUAUAUGGCAACUGUGCUCAGUGGGUACGUCCAUUUUUGCUGUUAGUUGUAUAUUGAUGUCAAACCCGAUUACAGUGUUUCUACAGAGAACAAUACUUGGUAACUGUUCGAAUACACUGUAUUUCAGUGUGUAAAGGCUAUGCUAUAAAUGAAGGGAGACAAGUUAUAUUUUCUCAAUGUGAUGCAAUUUGUCGUUCUAACAAAAGAAACUGCAGUGUACGUUAAAACUGAAGAAAUAGUAUAUAUAAAGAAUACACUAAUUACAUUUGAAGAAUUAGGGACAUGCCUAAUAGCUAUUUCGUCAAAUACCGGCUCUCCAUUUAUAUCGGCCCAUCUGUCCGCCAAUGCACUCAAACAUAAUUGCUCAGAAUAUUCAGAUUUCAUGACAUAAAAAAUGAAUGUGACUGUGCUGUCGUAGAGUAAACAAGGAAUAGUUUAAUUCAGGAAAAUUAUGCCAAGUUACUGAGUGCUACUUUUUGUGCAGUCUGUAUUUGAACCCUGCAAUAGUGGGUUCUGCAAUAUAGAAAAGGGUUAAUUUAAUGUAAUAGUGUUAGACCAGAGAUGGUGAACCUUUUUCAACCCAUGUUCCAGAACUGCAACACAAAACUAGCUUAUUUAUCUCAAAGUACCAACAAUGCAAUUAAAUCUGAAAAACACGUAACACAACUGUCUGAACUAAUUAAGAGGCUACUCCAAGUAUCAUAAAUACUACAGCCUCAUGUACCUCCUCUGCUGUCAAGUCGGUUUCCGGUAAUACUCGAGUCCUUUCCUUUCUACCUAGCAAAGAACCAAGAGGGGUUUUAACCUUGGACACUGUCCACAACCUUGGAAGCCCAAUAUUAGGGACUUUCUUGGGACUUGAAUCUGUACACCUUUCAUAGAAGGGACAGUGGACAUUGUGUGCUGUAUAUUUGUGUUAUUGUGCCCAAAGAGUCACUCUGUACUUUUGUGAUACUCAUGGGUUAGUUUAGUCUUAUGGCAAGCAACUACUAUUUUUUUCUUUAUAAAACUAGUUAUAUAUUGCAAUGUCGAGUUAUUAUUAUAUACACUGGCACUAAUGAUUGUGAUCUGCCUGCAUUUUCAUGUAUGCAUGUAUGUUUCUUGCUGAAAACACCCAAUAUGUUGAGUAGGUACUAGUGUAUUAUAUUCUGCUUAUAAUUGCAAAGAUUUAUGCAACGCAAAUUUAUCUUUUAUUUAUUUUCUCUCAAUGCAAAAAGUAAAGAUUGUCUAAUAUAUGCUUUUAGUUAAAUAGGCUGGGAGAUCUACUUUCUGUAAAUAUAUACUUUUGUGUAGCAGUUUUGGAUUCUGUAACUACUAUAAAAGUUGUAAUCUCAGCAUUGACAUAUUUUACAUAGUUUUUGUUAAAACCUGUAAUUUACUCCUUGCAAUAUUGUUUUAUAACUUUUAAACUUUUAAAAUAUACCGUAAUUGAAAUUAUAAUUAAUAAAAGGGUCACUGAGCUCAUUGUUCAUUUGAAGAAUGAGUCAUCAAGCUAUUGUCAUGUACACAAUUUGGGUCCCUUAAAAAAAAAAGGUUAAGAAUCCUUUCUCUAGCAAAGCUGUUUUCACAGUUUUGCUAUGUCAACCUGAUCUUUUUCUAAGCUGAUUUAGUGAUUUAGUGAUUACAUUUCAUUAUUUAGUGAUUUAGUGAUUAAAUUCCAUUAUUGUGACAUUAUUAUUAUGUUGUUAUGUUAAUAUGAUGGAUAAUAGAAACCUGGGAAAUCAGCUAACACUUUGUAUUCAUUAAGCAUGAUGCACUACUCUAUCAAAAUGGCAGUCCUUAUAGACAGGCAUCCCAACAUGCACCUAGUGUCUCUUCCUACAAAGAGUGCUACUUGACAAUGUGGAAUCAAGGACUUAUUAUUUUUCACUCCUGUUAUAUAGGUUAUCUCUCCAUCCCAGCAAAUUAAGCAUGUAUAUAAGAUAUAAAAUACACAAAAAUUCACAAAAACAGGUUGUGCCAGUGGAUGGAUGUAAAGAUAAAAUGAGUGAAACAAAUAUAUAUGGAAUAAAUAAUAAAUAAACGUAUCAAGUCCAAUGUUGGACUUUAUACGUUUAUUUAUUAUUUAUUCCAUAUAUAUUUCUUUACUAAUUUUAUCUUUAUAUCCAUCCAUUGGCGCAACCUGUUUUUGUGUAUUUUAUGUUGUUCAUUUUUUAGGGUUUGAGUGUAUCCUCCAUAUCCAGAGUUUGCUGCCUAUAUAUUUUGUAUAUGUUGUUUUUCUUGCGCUUAUCCCUACCUGUGUUUUUUGUAUUUAUUUAAAAUAUGCCACUUUUCUUGGGCCUUGGCCAUAUCUACAAUUUGUGUUUGCUUUAAGUGCUUUAACUCCAUAUGCAUGGUAAGUCUGCUGAUUGAAUUUAAUACAUUGACAGGAUAAUUUUACUUUGUGAAAGAAAAACAGAUGGAUAUUCAUAUGGUCACUGUGCAAUUUCUCUUUUUCAGGCUUGCAAUCCAUUCCAUUUUAAUCUUGCCGCUCAUUUACUUUAUAAUCGUGAGGAAAAACCCUUUCCGCUUUGCUAUGGGCAUGGCUCAAGCCCUUCUAACAGCUCUCAUGAUAUCCUCAAGGUAAACUGAUCAUUACUUAUUUUAUAAAUUUUAUGAAAUGUAUUGGCAUGACAAUAUUAUUCUGUGCAAUGCCAAUUGAUUACUUCAACACAAAACUAACUAAGGAAUUGGAACUCAAAAAAAUGUUCUAGAUAAUGCCUUACCCUCUUUAACCCCUUAAUGACCAAACCUCUGGAAUAAAAGGGAAUCAUGGCAUGUUAUGUGUCCUUAAGGGGUUAAAUAUCAUUAAAGGUAUUGUUACCAGAACAACUACAGCUUAAUGUAUAGUGUAUAGUAUCUCCCUGCAGGCAUUUCCAUGUAAACAAUGCCUUUUCAGAGAAGGCAAUGUUUACAUUACAACCUAGGAACACCUCCAGUGGCAGUCACUCAGACGGUGUUUCCUGGGUCAGUGCUGCACAACGUUCUGCAUGGAGGUGCUGAACCUUCCCCAUAGAGAUGCAGUAUUUUAAUGCAUCUUUAUGACGUGAUGCUGAUUGGCCAGGAUAGGAUUAAGUUCCGUCCCCGCCUCCCGCCUGCCUCCUUGGCGGAGAUAAUCUAGAGGCAAUCUAGAGCUUUUGGUUGGGAAAGCAUUAGAUUGGCUGAGAUUAUAAUUUCUGAUGGUGUCAGCAAAGGAGGCAGACCUGCAUGGCACUGGAACAAACUUAAGUUUUCUUGUUAUUUAAGGGGAGCAAGUGGGGAGGCGGCGACUAAAUAGUGUUUUUAACACUGUAGGGUCAGAAAUACAUGUUUGUAUUACUGACCCUAUGGCGUUCUUUAAUAUAAAACACUAUAAACCCCUCUCAGAUUGAGAAACACAUUAUUCACUUCUCUAGCCUUCUUAGCCUUUUUUAAAGUGAGAAGGCAGAUUGACUGGAGUCAGUUUAGCUUCCUAUGAAUGGUGGAUGAAAACCAUGUAUAAGAUGUGUUUAAGGAUUGAGUUAUUGCCUUGCAUAAUUUUUGGAAUUUGUUGAAUUUGGUCCUUAGGUCUUUGAGUUUCUAGACCAGGGAUAGGCAACCUUUGGCACUCCAGAUGUUUUGGACUACAUCUCCCAUAAUGCUCUUACACCCAUAAUGCUGGCAAAGCAUCAUGGGAGGUGUAGUCCAAAACAUCUGGAGUGCCAAAGGUUGCCUAUGCCUGUAUCUAGACAUUGCAAACACACAUUGUAGUGGCCUUUAAUAUGUGCAUCUGCUAACACUGUGAUUUAUAUUGCCCAGUUCGGCAACAUUACCUGUAACAUUCCGUUGUGCUGAAGAAAUAAAUCAUGUUGAUAAGAGAAUCACAAGGUUUGUCCUACCGGUGGGAGCCACAAUCAAUAUGGAUGGGACAGCACUGUAUGAGGCUGUGGCAGCUGUUUUUAUCGCACAGCUUAACAACAUGAAUCUAGAUGUUGGACAAAUUGUCACUAUAAGGUAUGGCUUUCCAGUCAAUGUAACUAAAAAGCUUAAUUUUUUUCAGCAUGCUUCCAAACUUAAAAUCACCUUCCCCCAACAGAAAUAUAUUUAUAUUGUUAAUAGCUGGAAAUGGGCGACUCUUUCUUAAAAGCUGGCUGUGAAAACCAUAAUGUGAUCAACACACAGCAGGUUUGUCUUUAUUAAGUGUGUUAAUUAGUGUCAGUUUAUCAGAUUGUGUUGUAGAGUUUACAAGUAAAUUUAUCUUGGAGCUUUUAUCAGUAUAAGUGAUAAUCUGCCAAAUGACAGAAUUUCUAAUGACGUGCUUUGAAACUUCAUUAGCAUGGAAUUAUGUUUGGAUAGACUUUCUGGGGGACAGUGGGUGUUAUGACAUCUUAAAAAGUAUAAAUGUGUCAUUUCAUGACUCCCAACACUAAAAGAUAUGAAAUGAGGAUUGGUUGACAGUAGUCCUUAAUCUAUAAUCCAUAAUUCUUAAAGGUAUGAAAUGAGGAUUGGAUGACAGUAGUCCUUAAUCCAUAAUCCAUAAUUCUUAAAGGUAUGAAAUGAGGAUUGGAUGACAGUAUUCCUUAAUCCAUAUCCAUAAUUCUAGCACCUCCCAAUCCCUCUCAGCCCAACUCAUCUGACAUCAGACCCUCCUACUAUUAUCACCAGAAUACCGAUCACCUUGAACUUUCUUUCUGAGUUGCUCAUUUUAUUUCCAUAUGAUUCUAAAAGUCCAAAUAUCCACAGAUGACAGUGCAAUAACCAGUUAUAUGUAAUGAUUGUAAAAAGUGUUGUUUAUAGAUAUCACAGUGGUAUUCCACCUAACUCGUAUGUUAUAGUUCCUAAUAUUAUGAUAUUAUUACUAAUCUAUGUAACGUGAUCUGGAUAGGAGUGUUUCAGAGGGCAUGGUAAAAAAUGAAAUAAUCACAGAGGUAUGACUGAUGAAGAAAAUGGUCAGAUAUGAGCCAGGCAUAUUUGAUUAUGUCAUAUAUCCUUAAUACAUUAUUCCCAUUAUGUGUCAUGUAUCCUCAAUAUAUUGUUCCCAUUAUGAGUCAUGUAUCCUUUAUAUAUUGUUCUCUGAUUAAUCGGUCCAGAGACAUUGUGACGAGGUGCUGUUUCAGAGGAAUUCUUGUAGAUAGGCCUUCAGCUGGGAUGAAUGACCUCUGAACAGGCUGAUGUAUGGAACACUGAAACACAUAAAAACUUUGAGAAAUAUCACUCAGCAGUGGGAAUUUGUAUAACGAAAGUGUAGCAGCAACUUCUAUUUUCUUUCUACCUCUGAAAUUUCCUACAUAUUGGCCUUAAUUUGUGGAGAAAUUAACAUGGAUUACGGUUGGCUGAAUAAGACGUGUGCGAUGUACCUGUUCACUAAAAACAUUUGUUGUGGAUCAGAAAUGUUGAUCUUUGUUAUAAUCAGAGGAAGCCCAAAUUGUUGUUACAAGUCCACUUGGAGAAGCGAGAAUUAGACACCAGACACCUGUUGGUAUUCAAAAUAAGCCUCUGACGUUUUAUUCAUCAGCUGGGUUUUAUACAUUAAAAAGUAAGUGCUUACGUGCAAAUACUCUUAGAACAGUAAUAGGAAGAGAAUACAGAUAAGACAUAGGGAUGAGCGUCAUGUACACAUAACAAAUAAGUUUCAAGGUAAGAGAGAACAAAAAGAUUAGAGAAGAGACAUCUUAGGUGGGGGCUCUCUGCUCCCGGAACUUAGACAUAUAUGGUCUUAAGUGUUGUUUAAGCAUCAAGCAUUUCCUGAGUCCAAGUUAGCCAAUUUUAAUCUAGGAUAUCAUUAUAUGAAACCUAUAAGCUUGAGCCUUGGAAUCAAGAUAAAUUCUAUCACACAUUCCACGUGAAGAGUGAAUCAGUCAGCUUUACCUUCAUGUUCCAAGACAAAACAAAUGAUUUGUAUUAUUCUUAAAUAAUUUUAGCUAACCCUUCCACCAGUUUAUGGAAUUGACCGUUUGUUUACAUAGUGCAUGUGCCAUAUUUGCCAUAACUUAUAGAUAUUUGGUGUGCUGUAAGCACCUUGUAUAAGACCUCUGGCUGCAAAUGCAACAUGCAGGCUCUGUUUUUUUGAGAAGUAUAUUGUAAAAUAAAACUGUCAGAAUGGGGGUCCAACUAGUCAUGUCUCUGCCCAUGGUUGGCCAGUGUCUAAAAGAGGCCCUGUGCGCCCCUACAUAUACACAUUUCUGAGUCCUCACAUGUUUCAUUUGCUUGUGUUUUUAUUUAUUGCAGUGUUACAGCAACAGCAGCCAGUAUUGGAGCGGCUGGAGUACCACAGGCAGGUUUGGUUACCAUGGUUAUCGUUCUCAGUGCUGUGGGGCUUCCAGCUGAUGAUGUCACACUUAUCAUAGCUGUUGACUGGCUCCUGUAAGUAUAUAUAUAUAUAUAGGAUUACAUAUUGGCAUGAUAUUUAAUUAGUGAUCGUUAAAGAGACUCUGUCAUGCAUAAUAUGACACAGUUCAGUUUUAUACUGCAUAUAAUUGUAUUGGCACACUGUGCUAGAACAAUGGCUUAAUGGCUAACAAAUCUAUGAAAAGCAGAGUGAGCAAAGUUAUUAACUCAAUGUUAGGCCCCAAAGAUAGUUCACAUAUGGUAUGCUUGUUGUACAUAACAUCGAGGGGCAUUUUUUAAAAUGUUCUGCUCUAAAAAUUGUAUGAAAAAAAUGUAAGAUGGGUGGAGUCACUAAUGGAAUGUGACUGCUGGUUCCACUGGUUUCAAUGGGGAUUGCCCACUUUUUGUACUUUAGACCAUUUUUAGAACGAAAUACUUUGAUAAAUCUCCCCUAUAGACUUCUUUAAAACACAGUUUAGUGCAUUCAUUUGAUUGCUUGUAUUGACUUAAGGGUAUGAUUUUCUUGGAGGGGAAGUAAAAAAAUAUCAGUAGACUGAACUGUAAGGCUUGUCACAGGUUAGACGUAUAGCAAUACUAUGCUAGGAUACAGUCUUGUACCAGGGCCAGACUGGGACAAAAAUUCAGCCCGGGCAAUUAAAGGCAGAGCAGCCCACUAUUAGGGGCAGGGCCAGAAUGGGGGUGUGUAAUGUCAUUACCAUUGACACGCACACCCCCAAAUGAGUAUGCUAAUGUGACGCUCCUCCAGAGGAUCCAGUGCUCUUGGAUGAAGUAAAUGCCAUGUUUUUUUUUGGGGGGGGGAGGAGGUGGGUGGAGUUUGUGCAACAUAAACAUGCGCUUCUGUCCUCAAUAGUGGGAUACCAGAGAUCAAAACAGGAACAGGGCUGUAAAAGUGUGUUGUGCAUGUGUGGGGAUGUUCCCUGUUGUGUUGUGUAUAUGUUUGGAGGUUGCAUGUAUGUAGAGCAGACUAUUUGUGUUGUAUUGUGUGUGUAAAGGGGUCUGUUUGUGGAGUAUUGCAUGUGGCUAGGGGCUGUAGUGUGUGUGUUUCUGUGUUGUAAAGUGUGUGUGUGUGUGUGUGUGUUUAUAUAGGGCCUGUGAGAGUGCAGGGAGUGGAGUGUAGUGUAUGUUUACUGUGUGUAUGUGAGUGCCUGGUUAUAGCGUGUUUAUAAGGGGUAUAGAGUGUUUGUAGUGUGUUUGUGUGUAAGUGCAGGAGAUGUAGUGUGGAUAUAGGGUAUAGAGUGUGUGUUGUGUGUUAAUGCAGGGGUUGUAGUGUGCAUAUAGGGGUAUAGAGUGUGUGCAGUAUGUUUGUGUGUUAGUACAGGGGGUGCUGUGAAUGUAGUGUGCUUGUGUGUUAGAGCAGGGGAGCAUUAUGUUUUUGUGUUAGUGCAGGGGGUGUAGUGUGUUUGUGUGUUAGAGAAGUGGAGCAUUAUGUUUGUGUGUUAGUGCAGGGGAGCAGUAUGUUUGGUGUUAGUGCAGGGGGUGCAGUGUGUGUAGUGUAGUGUGUUAGUGCAAGGGAGCAGUAUGUUUGGUGUUAGUGCAGAGGGUGCAGUGUGUGUAGUGUGUUAGUACAGGGGGUGCUGUGUAUGUAGUGUAUUUGUGUGUUAGAGCAGGGGAGCAUUAUGUUUUUGUGUUAGUGCAGGGGGUGUAGUGUGUUUGUGUGUUAGAGCUGGGGAGCAUUAAGUUUGUGUGUUAGUGCAGGGGAGCAGUAUUUGUGUUAGUGCAGAGGGUGCAGUGUGUGUAGUGUGUUAGUGCAAGGGAGCAGUAUUUGUGUUAGUGCAGAGGGUGCAGUGUGUGUAGUGUGUUAGUGCAGGGGAGCAGUAUGUGUGUUAGUGCAGGGGGUGCAGUGUGUGUAGCGUGUUUGUGUGUUAGUGCAGGGGAGCUGUGUGUUUGUGUGUUAGUGCAGGGGGUGCAGUGUGUUUGUGUGUGUAUGUGAGGGUGUGUGUAUAUAGUAGAUAUGGCCUAAAAUUAAUAAUUUAAUAAUUAAACCAAGAAAAAGUAAAAAAAAAAAAAAAAUCACAUUUACUCCACCUUAUAACUUUGCAGCGGGGAGAGGGAGCAUUCAGAUACCUGGUGGUCCAGUGAGAGGGGCCACGCCAUACACCAAUCCCUGGUGGUCAGCCGGCAGGUAAUUUGGUCUGUACCUCUGCAGGGUACAGACCACGUCUCUCUCCCUCUCACAACGCUCUGAUCAUCUCGGAGCUCGCAAAAGGGAGAGCAGGAAGCUGCUCUGAAGGCACGGAGGGUGACCGGCUCACUGCCCGUCUCCCCUCCGGCCCAUGAUGGGACAGAUCUCCAUCUUGGGACCGGUGCUUUGCUGCAUGGGCUGGCAGGGGAGAUCUCUUGAUCUUCACUGCUGGCCGCGGCCCAUGGCCAUCGUGGCCCACUGGGCAUUUGCCCGGUUUGCCCGAUGGCCAGUCCGGUCCCGUCUUGUACUAAUGUUGCAUCCUUUUCCACAAAUAUUUUAAUCUCUAUUUUAAUAUUUUAUCUGUUGUUUUCUAUGCUUCUUAAGUUAUUUUAUUUAAAUGAAAGAAAAAGUUAAAGUUAAUUAGCCCAUCCAUGGCUGGUAUAGCAUCAAGGGCAUACUAUAUUUAAUUCCAGAACAAGAUGGAGCUAUUAGAAAUCUAACACUGACACCAGCCACUUAAAGAACACUCCAUACACCUAAAGCACUUUAGCUUGAUGAAAUGCUUUAUGUGUGAAGUGUGUGUCCUCUUUUUUCCAUUUUACAAAAGCUGCAGACUUAAACAGAAGAUAGCACUUUUAUAAAUUAAUCUUGUUACCCCACCCCUGGCUGUCAAUCAGACAACUGUCUUGUUACUUCCUGGAUGUAUAGCUCAGUGGAGCUAAAUUCCAGUGUAAGUCAGUUGCUAAGAGCAAGACAUGUAAUAGAGGUUGCAUUGGAAGUUUGUAGUUGGAAGGUCUGGAUUGGGGAAGAUGGGAGGGCUUGCAAAGGCUGCAGACAAGAGAUCUGCAGCUUUUGUUAGAUAUAUCCCCAAUAAAAAAUAUUUUUUAAAAUGCAUAAUUAAAUGCAUGCAUGUUUUCAUUAGGAAUUUGUCUGCUAAAUUGUUCAACAAAUAGUUUUUACUUUUUUCCAACUGGAGUGUUCCUUUAAGAUAGUGUCAUCUGUGGACACUAAUCUUUAAAGGAAAAGUAUUGCUAAAUGUCACCGUUCAGAUAACAGUCCAGAUAAAUGAAUGAUUUUUCUCGUACUUAUAUUUGUUGAUAACAAGAGCAAUUGUCAAUAAUUUAAAAUACAACAAUAUAUUUUCUUCCUGUUGAUAAAGAGGUUAGUGAACUUUCUGUAUUAAUUAUUGCAUUCAGCAAUAAAAUAAAUGAUCUUUAACUGAUAAUUGUACAUUGAUGCAAUUGUUUAUUCUGUCACCCGCAACUUUCCAUUCACUGUGUUUAUUUUACCAGUAAAGGUAAUAACCACACUGUCAUUAAAACUAGUGUUUAGUGAAUAAUCCUGUAACUUAAGCAACAAUUUUGAAAUUCACUUUGAAUUUGCAAUUUUUCACACUUUUUCAGAAUUACAAGCUCAGUACUUACUUUACACUGCCAGUGUUAUUCAAUAAAGUUUAUUAAAACCAAUGCAUUGACAUUGAAUUCCGUGGGACAGAACAUAUUUGAGCAUAUAUUGUGAAUAUGUAGGUUAUAGGAGCUAAUGUGAACAAAUUAUUCAGGACAGUCUGGGAAUAUUUUGAGACAGAACAUUAAUUUCCCAUCUUAUAAAUUCAUCAAGCUUGUUUCAGAAUAUCUAAAUUAGGCCCUGAGCUAACAAAUUCAAGGUAAAUAGUGGGAAUCCCUAAUAUCAAGGAGGGAACCUCCUCCCCCUUUUUGACACCCCAUAUGUAGCAGGGUGUGGGCACAGUAAUGGAGAAGACUCACCCAUUCCUUUCCAUUACCAUAUGUAUCAAACCAUUGAGAUUGUCAAAGUGAUGACCAGUCCCUCUGCCCAUAAUAGUGUCAGAUCCAUUACAAAUAAUUUUAUUGCAGACCCACAAGAAAAUAUUCUCCAGAAAACAUAAAAAAAAUAGAUAUUUUGUCCCCAUCAGGGGGUGUACAGACACUGGUACAUUAAAACAUUCAACUGCCUAAAUGAAUGUAAACUGCCCCAUAGGUUUCAAUAGCAAGCUGUCUUACAUAACAAAAAAGUUACCUUACAAUACAUACAUGUAUCUGGUAUUAUGAUAAUUGCUAGUGUGAUUAGUUACGUAACUCAGUGGUUAAAGAUUAAACUUCAAGGUUUCAUGUUUUAUUUCCAGCAGUAUCAACUUUCAUUUAUUAAUGACCGUAAUAAAAAUCAUUCCAAGGUUCAUAAACAACGUUCCAUAAUUUUCAUUUAAUAUAAUGUACUCCUCUUUUUCCUUAGGGACCGAUUCAGAACCAUGGUAAAUGUACUUGGAGAUGCCUUUGGUACAGGAAUAGUGGAGAAACUAUCCAAAAAAGAACUGGAGCAAAUGGACAUGUCAUCUGAUGUAAACAUUGCAAAUCCAUUUGCCAUUGAGCCCUUAGAGAACGAAGACGAUGGUGAAAUUAAAAAAUCCUACGUGAAUGGAGGUUUUGCUAUAGAUAAGUCAGAUACCAUAUCCUUCACCCAGACAUCCCAAUUCUGAAUGGAUUAGGAUGAUUGGGCAUACAGGAGACUCUAAAGAACAUAGAAUGUGAAAAAAGUGCACCACAACACAGAAAUAUGAAGAUGUAUGGCAUCUAACGCACCAAAGCCAGAUCUUUUCUUCAAUCAUUGGAUUCAAAGCUGUUGCUCCAAUGCGAGCAAGAUGAAUUAAAUUUACCGUAAACGACGUAAGUUUUUUUCUAACGCUGUGGUAUCUUGCCACCAAUCAGAAUGUCUAUUCAGAAUUAGCAUGCUCUUAACCUGGAGUUAAUAUCAACGACCAGUUAACUGAAUCCUUUGUAUUCGUUUUUUCUCAAGCACAGAAGAGCAUUUUACAUUUUACAUGUUUCUCCCUAUUUUUCUCAAUUCUGUUAUUUAAAAAAAAAAUCAACAAAAAAACAAACCAAGCAGCUGUUUUGUAUAUCAUGUUUUUUCAAAUAGCAGCAUUAAAGUGCUCUGUUUAUAUUGUGCCAAGCAUUUCCUAGAUUAUGUUAUUUAAUGUUUGAUAGAAUGAAAAGGCAUUCAGUACAGCAGUAUGUCUUCCAGGCUUUCUCUGUAUAUGAAUACAAGAUACAAGCUUUCCUAUGUGCAGAGAAUGUACAAUAAUUUGCCAUUUAAUGUAAAAACAUAUUCUCAUAGCACGUCUGCAUUGAGAUUCAAGUCAUGCACUGCAUGCCAUUUUGGUCGUUAAACGGUAAUGAUGACUUAUCACUGCUCAUACUGUGUAAGCAAGGGAUCAUCUUAAUAGUCUUGAUCACUGUAUCGUGCCAGUUACUAUAUCUCUGGGUAGUUAGUUAAGCCGUUAUUAAGGAACCAGACCUAAAUCUUUAACAAGUUGCAGUGUUCCUCCGGCUAAUCGCUAUGGAUGCCAGGGUUUCCCCCUAGUUUUUGGUUAAUCAAAAGGGAAUUGAUUGGCUGACAAUAUACAUGCAUCUACACCGCAUGUUAAGAUAAGUAAUAAAUAAAAUGGUAUAGCUUAGUUCAACAACUAAAAUGUGAUCUACAGCUGCUCCUCAGACUGUCUUCAAAUGGUACAUAAUCACAUAACAUGCUACAUAUAAGGAAUAUAGUCUUAUAUUAUUUCAUUUUAAUUUGAUGUUGUGACUACUUGAAAUGAACAUGGCUGACAGUGAAGAAGGAAAUAGCUGGUCUAUGUCUGUCCUUCAGUGCUUGUUUUUUUUUAAUGAAUAAUGCACAUUUCAUGUAUCCCCUUCCAAUGCUAAGGAGUAGAAUAUUCCAGGCUUCUGGAUGUCAAUUAAUAAAAGAAAAUAGAAGCAAAACCACUAUUUCAUAUGCACACACCCUGUGUUAAAAAUUGAAGAAUAAAAAGUGUAUAUAUAUAUAUAUACUUAACAGUAUUUAACACAGUAUCCAAUGGUUAGGAAUAUAAUAAAAUUCUAAAAGAGAUAAAUAAAAAAGUAUCCAAAGCAAUUUAUUAGAAAAAAAUAUAUAAAAUUAGGACACAAACAAAAGCAGUUUGUAAUAACAAGGAUAUACACUACCGCAUGAAGUCCUUAUAAAAUACAGAAUAAAAUAUACAGCAGAAUAAAAUAUACAGCUAUCCUAAGGAAGACUUCUGUGUCGAAACAUGUUUGCUGUAUAGAUACUAUAUAAUAUACAGCAAAGACUUCUAUGUCAAGACGCGUUUGUAUAUUUUAUGCUGUAUUUUAUAAGGACUUGUUAUUACACCCUGCUAUUGUUUGUGUCCUUAUUUUAUAUAUUUUUUUCUAAUAAAUUGCUUUGGAUACUAUAUCUUACCUGCAUGCCUUACCUGUGGACACCUACCGAAGCCAGUACUGGCACCUUGAAGCUGAUAACAUAGAGCCUGGCACGGCUCCAGUUUGACCAUGAUUUACUCACUUCAUAUUGCAUUUUAUCAGGUUACUCUAUGUACUUUUUUAUUUAUCUCUUCUAGAAUUUUAUUAUAGUCCUAACCAUUGGAUACUGUUAAGUAUAUAUAUAUAUAUAUAUAUAUAUAUAUAUAAAUAUAUUUGUACUUUUUAAUCUUCAUUUUUUUAACACAGGGUGUUGUGCAUAUGAAAUAGAUUAAUAAAAGAAAAUAAAAGCAAAAUCACUAUGUUUUGAGCUGAAAGGGAUAACACCUUGUUUGCACAUUCACCCACUACCUUAUACUCAGAAGCGCCUAUACUGGUUUCCAGUAUUAAUUUCUGGAUGUCAAUACUAAUGUAGACAUAGGUACACACACACACUCAGUAAAGAAGUGAUUUCCCAAAAGGCAUACAUGAGAACCUGAUAUUUAAAUUAUUCCGACAUUUUCUUGAGUCAAGAAUCAACUUGUAAAACUGCCUACCUGCUUUAUUAACCUAUUUUUAAACAUCUAUUAUUUACAUCCUCAGUACAAUAUUUUGUACAAACAUAUAAAAGAAUAGUUUGCCAGCACAAAAAGUGAAAUCUACAGCCGAUUAAAAAAAAAAAAAAAACAUAUUUGUUAUGAGUGACCAGCAACUUACUGUUUAGUCUAUAAACCCCCAAAUAGUUACCUAGUGCACAAUUAUUUUAGAAGUGCAGAUGGGGCAAAUGAAAAUGUCGAAAUGCUUUCCUCAAAAUGUAAUCUAGUUCUGGCGCUGCUUGAGGGUUACAUGGAGAACUAUGUUUAAUAUAUGUGCAAACAAACAGUGGUUAUUUUAGGUGUUUAAUCACUAAACCGGUAGUUGUGGUGAAUGUAAGAUUACUUUUGCUAACUUUAGGCCUGAGUAACAGAAUUGGAAUAAUUCUCCUACAAGAGGUGUACAACCAAUCAGGUUAUGCCUGGAGCUCUGAUAAUAGAAUUCAUCCCCUGAGGCAAGCAGGUUAUAUGCCAGCUACUCCCUGUGGCCAUACGAGGUACUGCAUGUUAAAAAAAAAGCUGGUGUCAGUUUCCAGGGAGUGCCCACCUAACCUUCUUAUACUUCCUCUAUAACUAUGUUUAGUCUUCGUAUUGCCAUGAAGUUCUAAUGCCAUAGACAGUAUAUCUUAUUUUUUCUUUAUUUAUAUUUAGCAUAAUUUUAAUGAUUUCAAUCAUUUUAAAAUGAGAGUCACACUAUUUUGAUACAUGUCAUCAGUCAUCUGGCAAUACCUUUAAAAGAAAAAAAAGAUAAUUUUUUGAGUAUAAAUAAACAAUAUCUGCAAACAGACUGUCAACCCAGUGUUCUUGGUCAAUCUGAUAUGAUAUAAAGUAGCAAUAUAUAUGUAUGCAAAUACAUAUGUGGGAAAUUACAAUUUUACUAAUACCACUGAAUUAUUUAACCCGUUUUUUUCAAAUUAUUUUUGAUAUUCAGUCCUUAAAAGGGCACUUUAUGCACCAUAACCACUUCAUUUAGGCUUAUUAAAGUGGUUAUGGUGAAAAUGCACCGUCCUUGCAAGUUUUCAUUUGAUAAAUUUCUCAGACUGACAAAAUUGGCUUGAAGGUGGAGCUCAUAACACGAGCCAGGAACUACAUAUCUCAGCUCACAUACCAACUCCCCAUUCAACAGAGCUAGCAUGUCAGCUUAGAUGUGGAGGGGAAUAGCAUGCACUGCAUCCCAAAAGCAAAAACAUGCAAGUCCAAAGUCUGCUCCUGUCUUUGAUAAUUGGGGCUCCAUGCAAACUUUGACCUUCCCAUGCCGCAGCCUGCUACUUUGACUUAAAGACGUGUCAAUUUGACAUAAUAGGCACCAUAACUGCUUUGAUAAACUGAAGUGGUCCUGAUGCGUAGAGUGCCUUUUUAAUGGAAGAUCAUUAGGUGUUGAGUGGCUGUAAUUUGAUUUAUCAUUAAACUGACCUUUUUAGGCGCUUAUUUGUGGCGCUGUCGCACUUAGAACCAAACUGAAUUAUGCAAUGUUCUGGAACUCGAUUCCAUGUGUAUUUUUAGUUCAAUUAUUUAACAUUUCUAAACUGACAGGUCACUCUGAAAAUAUAAUCUGAGGUUUUCCACCAUAUAUUUUUUAUCAUGCAUAUUUCAUCUCAGGCUGAUAUUUAUAUAUUUUUUUUAUAAUAUGCAUAAAACUGACUCUCCUAGUUAAUCAAAACAAUAUAAAGCAAAAUUGGAACUUGAUUAAAAUCUCAACACCUCGAUUAUUAAAAAAUACUCAGUGUUUUGAUUUCAUUUAGAUUUUAAUUCAGUUUGGUGCCAAACCUGUAACCCUUUAAUUGUGAGCCUUGCAAUAUUUUGCACAUUUGGCAGUCUGGGCGAUAAAUACUGCAGAUUAAAAUAACUAUUGUGCCAAAAAUAGAGUAACUAAGGUUUCUCUUUUGCAUAAAUAAAUCAUAUGUUUGAUAAAUGUACCAUGUAUUCAAACUGUAUAUGUGUAAAAUAAAAAACACAAAGCAAUGUAAAUCUGCAGGCUUUUAUGUACCUAUAUAUUAUACAAAAAUAAUAAAACAUCGUCAAAUUGGUUAAAUCAUUUA